AUGACAAAACUUAGCGAUACGUUCAGGAGUCUAUUUUUUGAAAAUGGUGAUUAUAGUAUUGGUGAUGCAUACAUACUGUGCAUUCCAUUUGGUUGGCUGGGACUGCACCAUUUUUAUUUAGGCCGACGUUUUUUCGGAAUCGUUUAUCUAUUAACUUUCGGGGCAUUGGGAUUUGGUUGGAUUGUCGACAUAAUCAGACUGCCAUGGCUUGUGAGAGCUGUAAACCAAGACGAGUCUGUAAAAAGGCUAGAUGAUGCCUAUAUUCUAGUGAUACCACUUGGAUGGCUAGGUAUUCAUCAAUUGUAUCUUGGUCGUAAAAAAUGGUGCGUGUUUUACGCGUUCACAUUAGGAGUACUUGGUGUCGGCUGGUUGAUUGACAUUAUACGGAUGCAGCGCCUUGUGUCGAAUUACAACCCCCGAAGAAACCCCUAACGACUAAGUUUUGAAACUGACGCUAGUGUUUAUAGUUUAUUAUGAGUAACGAUGAACUCGGCUGCGUAAUGCAGUAUCGACAACAGUCAGCAAACUUUUUUAAUUAAUAGUAAUUAAGAUUAUGACAACGUACGUCUAGUUAUAGUUUUCAAUACUUUACACGUGCAAUUAGUCGUUUAAUGAA